CAUACAACAAGAAGUCAUAAAAAUGUUCAUGGACAAGAAAUGGAGGCCGUAGAACCUGUUGACAUGUCGAUCAAUAAUAGCACCUCAGAACUUGACGAGCAGCGACAUUCUAUGCAACAGUGCUCCAAUUCUGGGCCUCCAGAAUUUUGCCCUUGUAAUAAGGCUCACUUAUCUGUGGUUGGUGAUUCAAAUCAGAUUCCGCACAAUGAAAAAAGCCCGAAUCGUUCAAUAUCAACGGGUCUCUCUUACUUGCGACCCGGAAGUAAGUCUCUCGCGCAUUUUCUCGCCAAUCAGCAGCAACAGCAACAGCAGCAACAACAGCAGCAACAACAUCAGCAACAGCAGGAGCAACAGCAGCAACAGCAGCAGCAACAGCAGCAUUCGCCUCAACAGCAGCAGCUGCAUCAACAGAUGUCACCAAGCAUGGUUCCAAGUCCAGACAACAACGGCCUUAAGUACAACAUCGUCGACUUGGAUAAGCUCGGACAGAUAGAGAGCACGGAACAUCAUCUUUAUGGGCCAACGUUCUCGCAGAAGCGUCAGCUACUUCUGCUUCAUCAAACCAAAGCCUCGACGCAACCUUGUGUCGAAUCACAUUCCUGCAUCACCGAUGGCGCAAAUCAUCACCACGUUCUCCAUCACACGGAGCAGUGGACGAGUCCGAGCGGAACAACAGUCUCGUCACCAGCAGGCAGUCUUUGGCCAGAUUGCGGUCUUCAAAGGGUUCCGGACGUCGUGCACCAGGAUCUAAGUCCAUACAUAACAACUCCGACAACGCCAGCUGACACAGCCGAUGACUCUUCAGAUCAUCAAACUCCUGAGACACCGGUCUCGGUCUUCAGCUUCGAUUGGCCUGGCGAACAGCACGUGCCCAACCUACGUGUCCUCUCGUUUCGUAGUAGCAGCGCCCCAAAUUAUGCCGAGACGAGGCGCACUGCGCUCCAGGAAGUUCAACCUAUCACCCUCCAAUUGCCGAGGAAGAAAAACCUUCAUGCCGAGCCGGCUGGCCAUCGGGAUUAUGCCAAGUGAUCGAUAUACCCAAGGUCUUGUUCUCUUACCAUCUGUGUACAAAUUGCGUUCGCAAUGUUUUGUUGAACGGGAAACAACCAGUCGUCAAAGAAAAAAAGAGAUAUAAUAUAAAAAUAAAAAAACACUGUCAAGCUAUUUAACUCUAUUGUAGUACGAAUAAAAAUUGUAAAUUAUGAAAAAUAAAAUUCUUUUUCAAAAACGUUG